AGGACCAGAUAAGUUUAUUCUAUAGAGCGGGAAAAUUACCCUUUCUUAAAAUGGUGUUGGAUUAUGUCAGAUUUUAACUCGUCGUCAUAAUCUUAGUGUUUGACUACAUAUAAAGGCCUGUAGGAAUUGAAAGUGGAAUUUCUCGAUGUCGUUGGAAAGCGGUCGGUCUAUUGAGGCGGAGCAGUUGACCUGCGUCGAGGCCAUCGGGCGAACAACCUUGUACGCGAUCUCUACAGCCGCCAUCACCGUUUGUGUGGUGAAUAACGGCCGACAGAGAAAUGUCUUCUAGAACACGGAAAAAAAUGCUACCUACAGUCCAGCAAUGGCGGAAAACCCUCUAGCAUAGGAUGCGUGGCUUCGAGGCUGAAUGCACGUGCUUCAUAACUCCUGUGGCAGUGUCCUAAGACUCUGAAAAGCCGAAAGUUGGAAGAUACUGCUAGCCGAAAUUUUCCUGUAGUGAAGCCGACGAACCUGUUCCUAACUUCAACAAAGUUAAGAGGGUAGAAUUGUUAAACUCCUAAGAAGUCAACCAAAAAAAAAGGAAAACAGUUUUUAUUUUCAUUAUUAACACCUACCUACCCCUAACAGUGUUCAUUGAGUGCUUAGUCUUGCACCGUAAUUUGAAAGUGUUACGGCAUAAAAAAUUUGAAUAUCAUUAAGACGUUUGCCGAAUGUUGUAGUUUUCUAGGCCAUUGUAUUCAGUACAAUGUAGGUAUAUGACGCUUACAUACACAUACUAGACUGACAUAAGCCAAUUUCGCGAACUUUGAAAUCGAAUAGCUUUUGAACCAUUAUCAAUUCUGCUGGUAAAUAUUCCAGUCUUCCAAAUACUUGGUCGAUUUCUGUUCAAAAAGAAAACCAUCUUUUAGUCUUGAAAAUCAGCGCUCGGUGGUCAAGAUUUUGCCUCUCGAAGACCACAACGCUGCGAAACUUCAUUGAAAACUGAUAUAGAUAUUAGGCAAGAAGGCCUUAAACGACAACAAUACGUAUAUGGUGCAAACGUUUUAAAAACGAAGAUUGGAGUGUUGAAAGACAACGAGUGAUCAGACGCCGGGAUCCGAAGGACAAGAACGUAUAGCAAUCGAGGAGGAUUUCACGAACGCAAAGUUUCCAGUCUAAGGUCUCUGUCGGUUAAAACUGGCAUUUCACUUGAAGCGUAUUACAAAAUUAUGGGUUCUUCGUGAAUUGACUCUCGAAAUACGUGUAGUGCCUUCCGUGUGCAUUUCACGGAAUUUCAAUUAGCGAAAACCCGUCUGGAGCAUAUAAUCGCCAUGUACCAGACAUAAUUUAAUAUCUAUUGCCAGCCGAAGAAGGACCACGCAAUACAAUAACGUUGCUUGGGAAAGAAUUCGAGUUCAGUGAUAGUGUCAAGCGGGUUCAACGUAAGGGUCAAGAGACUCAUGGAUUGUUGGCAUGGCAAUCGAAAACAUGCAACCUGGGUACUCAAUGACAACGUCAGACCGCAUCGAGGUUCUUAAAUUGCUUCCCAGAUGAACACAAGAAUACCCAAUGUUGGCUUUGAUCUAUUUCCCAAUAUUAGCCCAUGUGAUUAUGGGACCUUCCAUAUUCUAAAAGGCCCAGUGGGAGAUAAGUGUACCCCAUUAUUGGUUUACUUAGAGAAGUCAUACAUAGAGCAAUUCUAUAUAUGAUGCGAACGAUAGGUUUGUGGCUCCCCAUAAGCUACCAGAGCGCUGAGGCAAGUGUGCAGAAAAUAACAAGGACUAGUCGAAGAAGUUCAAAAGUUAAUCGACCUCGAAGCUCGGCGGAUUCGCUUGUAACAACCUAACAUAUUUUACCCAUUAUCGGUUAUGUAAAAUAUAGUAGAAGUUUGAAUUGGAUCAGAAAAACUGCGUUUUCUAUCUUUUUUUUGCAGAUACUUAAACUUCCACGUGGCGGAUGGGUCCUUCCAACGGGUUGCGCCUUGAUCGCUGCAGCCUUUGUGGCUAAAUGGAAAAUGAAUAGUUAUGUAGAGAUUCUCCGACAGCAAAAAGCCGCCCGCCUCCUAACCAAAUAACAGAUCUGAAUAUAAGCCUAUCUUUAUUCGAUAUUAAUCCAAUCUUAGUAUUUAGAACUAUUUGGCACGUCAUUUUCCUCCCGCAUCGAGCCAGAAUAGCGAAAACUAUUGUAUGAAUAAAAGAUUUUUUUUGGAUCUUUUUCUUGAACGUGAUUACGAAACGUUCGCCAGAUAGUGAGGGUUAGAUAGAAAACCUUCUGCAUCAAGUUGUAAUUAGCCUUGAAUAAGUAUAACUCACUAUGAAGUUGACGCGGUUACCUUCAAGAUGGACGUUCAGGCCCACGGCCUUGAUAUUAGUGCCGUGUGGCCUCUUGUUCGGUAUGUUACCCGUAGUUGCCGAAACCUCUUCAAAUGAAUUCGUUGGGGGCAAUUCGCCAAUCGAAGCCCGGGCUACUUCGUUCUUCGCAAAAGGACACACGAAUAACUGGGCAGUGCUCGUAUGCACUUCCCGGUUCUGGUUUAAUUAUAGACACGUGGCCAAUGUGCUAUCAAUCUAUCGAAGCGUCAAGCGUCUUGGUAUUCCUGACUCACGUAUCAUAUUAAUGUUAGCCGAUGACAUGGCGUGCAAUUCUCGUAAUCCCACACCUGCAACAAUUUUUAACCAUCGACAACAGCAUAUGAACGUGUAUGGAGAUGAUGUUGAGGUCGACUAUAGAAACUAUGACGUAACAGUGGAGAGCUUCAUUCGACUGCUCACCGGACGGGUGCCGGAAAACACACCAACUGCUAAGCGACUUCUCACGGAUGAGCAUUCCAACAUACUAGUAUAUAUGACGGGGCACGGCGGUGAAGGGUUCCUAAAGUUUCAAGAUAGUAAGGAAUUGACGAGCGUUGAGUUGGCGGAUGCCUUUGAGCAAAUGUGGCAGAUGCGCAGAUAUCACGAGAUUCUAUUCAUUGUGGAUUCGUGUCAUUCGGAGUCGAUGUUCCUACCUUUCUAUUCGCCCAACAUUUUGGCUGUCUCAUCGUCACGUGUUGACGAGGAUAGUCUGUCGCAUCAUGGUGAUCCCCGUAUUGGUGUCUACGUUAUUGAUCGAUACACCUACUACGUCCUCCAGUUUCUUGAACGAAUCAGUCCGGACAGUUCAGCUACUAUCGAUGACUUCUUUAAGGUGUGCCCAAAGAGUCAGUGCCUUUCGACAGUUGCGACUCGUAAGAAUCUCUUCCGUCGCGAAAUUAAAGAAACACCAUUAGUCGACUUCUUCAGUGGUGUAAGAAACAUUGAGUUAACCAGGGAUCUUAUCGAAUUGCCUGAAGUCUCAUUGAACAUCUAAAUGCUAAAGGGCCAGACUGUAUGUGAACGUCAUAUCGCGGAACCUUCAUUUCAUUUACUCCAGUGGCCCCAUAUAAGCAGGAAUGUGCUGAGCAUAAACAGUUGUAUAUUCAAUAAAUAAUAAAAAUAAAAAGCGAUGAAUAUUUUA